UCGUCUUCUGGGAGGCAAGACAUCGUUCGACGGGCGGGUUGAGUUGCACUUUAAAAAUGACUGGAAACAAAUUUGUUACCAAGGUUAUAAUGGAAAGAUCAGCACAGACGUACUUUGUCGUUUGUUAGAAAAUAAUUUUUCAAGAGAUGCAACCUAUUCGAACAAAUAUGAUUAUUCCAACUCCUUGCUGAGAGACCUGCAAUGCGUUGGAAAUGAAUCUGAUAUCUCUCUGUGCCCUUCCUCGGACUGGGGAUACACUUAUUGCAACUACUAUGGACUCACAAUAAAUUGUUUGUCUCCUAUAAGUAUUGAUGGCAGUUUUUCUAAGCAUCGGGGAUAUGUACGUGUGCAAAAGAACGGACGUAGCGGUUAUUUGUGUGCUGAUAAUUUAACUGCAGAGACCCAGGCUGUUAUGUGCAAAAUGCUGUUUAAUUUUACCAGGGUUUAUGAAGUUGUGAAGGAACCGUACUUCACGCUUGGAUUCGCCACCAAUAUAUUAGUAGAUAAUAUCCUAUGCAGCGGUACAGAGGAAGACUAUCAGAUGUGUCCAUCUUCGAAUCGGGGUUAUAGCACUAAUUGCAAGAAUCCAGCGCUAAUAAGAUGCAAUACACCAGUGCGUCUUAAGGAUCAGACGAACAUGUACACAGGGACUGUUGAGGUCUACUUAAACAAAACUUGGUCAAAUAUAUGCUUUGAUCCAAUGCGAAAGGAUGAACACGCGACAAUGUUCUGUAGAAUGUUGGGAUACAAUUACGGACUGGCAAACGCUCGCAACCUGACUGCAUACAUUAAAUCAAAUCUGAACCUGACUUGCAAUGCCUACACUGAAGACAUCGAUAAAUGUGUGAGCAUAAAGGAGAGCUUCUGUGACUCGAUUCUGGCUGUAACAUGUCCAUCUCUGAUACAACUACAAAAUGGACGGACAAAUUAUAUGGGCCAAUUGACUAUACGCAUUGGUGAUAGCUUACGAUCGGUCAGUGCGUUGCAAGACGAAGAAACUAUACAGGCUGUAUGUAGACUUAUGCGGUUCAACUUUACUGGAAAUUAUCAAGUAUGGUCUGAGGAAUUUCUUCGUAAGAAGAACACAUACGACAAUGAAAUGUUUUCCAAAUUAAAAUGCAAUGGAGAUGAAACUGAUAUAAUUGAAUGUUUAAACAGUACAGUUUAUUCCACACCGACCUACACGAGAGGAACAGGGAUUAACUGUCAAACCCCCAUUCGACUUGAUAAUGGAAACAGUUACCUAUCCAGAAAACUGGAAAUUAAUGUUAACAAAACAUGGCUUCCAGUAUGCUCGGACAGAUUCAGUUCCAACGAUGCGUACGUCAUAUGUCGAAUGCUUGGACACAAACAUGUAAGAAACGCAACUAUAAUGCUAGAAGCAACCAGCGGGUCGUUCGCAGAUGGAGCUUUUGUGUGUAAUGGAAAGGAAGAUGAUAUUUCGCAAUGCACUGGAUACACCGGGAAAACCGUGGCAUCAUGCUCCAGCCAACAGGCCAUUGCAAUUAACUGUCAAACCAGUGUUCGAAUAGCGGAUGGUUCCUCGUCAACUAAAGGUCGAGUUGAAGUGUUUUACAAUGGCAACUGGGGUCCGGUGUGUCGAUCCGCAAUCGGAACAAAUGAAGCAAAUGUUAUAUGCAGAUCCGCUGGAUUUAGACACACAUAUGGUCAUGUACAGGACAGAUUUAAAUACAGCAACAAAACAUUCAACAAAUACAUGAUAUCUGGUCUUGUUUGUACCGGAUACGAGGAGACAAUCACCGAAUGCAGUGCUAAUGAAUGGUGGAAUAACACGUGCUUUGACGCAUCGCUAGAGUUGGAAUGCAGGACAUCGAUUACCCUACAACCUGGUGUUAGUAAAUACUAUGGAUGGAUUCAGCUGAAUUUCCAAGAUCCAUACACAACAACAAAGUAUGGCUCGUUAUGUGGAUCUGGCUUUAGUUCUGAAGACGCCGAUGUUGUUUGUACUUUGAUCGGUGCUCCGACCUUUGGAAACGCAACUGUGUAUCCAAAGAACAAGUUUGGAUCUCAUCAAAGCUUUGUUAUUGAACAAGUGAACUGUUCAGGAAGAGAACACGAUCUGCAAGAAUGUCAGUCCAAACCUUGGUCAGAGAAUUUCCACACUUGCAACUCCAGCUACACAACGGUGGCAGUAAAUUGUCGGCCCGACACGCCAACCCGACUUCAAGGUAAUGAUCUAACAAAGGGAUUAGUUGAAGUGUUUUUCGACGGAACGUGGUAUACUAUGUGUGGCUCCUACUUCAACUUCAAAGAAGCUGCUGUAGUUUGCAACAAACUGGGAUACAAAAUCGGGAACCCUGAUAAUCAGUAUAGCUCUAGAAAUGCUCUUAUAUAUGGCAUGACGUGCAAUGGAGAUGAAACCGAUAUUUCCCAGUGCCAGUUUACAUUACACCCUUCAGAAUGCUGCACAUAUCCGUGGACAGUUGGACACAACCGUGUAAGGCUGGUCAGUAACGUUAACAAUAACCAGGGACGAGUAGAGUUCCAGUAUUUUGGAGUCUGGGGAACUGUCUGUAAUACAAACUUUAACCAAAACGAUGCACGUGUCAUAUGCAAACUGGCUGGGUAUGACACUUUGAGUAACAUCACAAUACACACAAAUGCAAACAAGUACGGAAAAGGGUCAGGUAACCUGAUUGUUGAAGACUUGCAGUGCAAUGGAACAGAGACGGACAUUGAUGAAUGUGCUUCGUACCCAUGGAAGGAAAAUUCUGCAAAAACACCGUGUAACUCGCAUUACUAUGAUGUCGGCGUUAAUUGUAGACCUGUAACACCAAUGCGCUUUGUGUGUGGAACUAACUAUUCUGGGAGAGUUGAAAUCGAGUACAAAGGAGUUUGGGGCACGAUCUGCGACAACUACUUCGAUGAAAACGACGCUAAAGUGAUAUGCAGAAUGAAAGGACUCAAUACAAAGAGCUUAGCGAUAAGAACGAACGGCUUUUACGGGAUGGGGAAUGAAAGUAUUUUGUUAUCAAGCCUGAACUGCCGUGGCGACGAGCCUGACAUCUCCGAGUGUAGUAUUGGUUACCGAUGGGGCAGUACUUAUUCCUUUUGUUCUCACAACAACGAUCUAGCGGUGCAGUGUAACACACCUGUUCGAGUUCGGGAAGGCCUGACAUUCUAUUCAGGUAUAGUUGAAGUUUAUAUCAACAGCGGAUGGCAGCGUGAAUGCAAAGACAAUUUCACAAUGGACGAUGCGAUUGCGAUUUGUAAUCAGGCAGGAAAGAGUGACAACUACCAUGGGCGAGUACCAUAA